AUGCCACGGGUAGCAGAGACAGGUGAGUGGCUGACGAAUACCGAAGAAUUCACGACCUGGCGCAAGGGUGUGGAAUUGCCAAGCGUAUUAUGGUGCCAUGGUAUCCAAGGUUCCGGAAAAUCCGUCAUGACCUCUCUAGUCAUCGAUCGAUUAAGGGAUGAAUACGUUGGCCAGAAAGUUGCCAUAGGCUUCGUAUACUUCGACUAUCAAGACCAGAGAAGCCAAUCGCCUGAGAAUGUGGUCGCAAGCCUUCUGAGACAAGUCGCUUCUCAAAAGCCCGUACUUCCCACAUCGCUACUAGAGCUUUACACGAAGUUCGGGGAGCAAAACCGAAGGCCUCAAAUACAAGAUUUCGAGCUCACUCUGUUGCAUGUAUGUCAAAACUUCGAUCAAGUUUUCAUUGCCAUUGACGCUCUCGACGAAUGUGAUGAGGGACAAAGUCGGAAACAUUUCCUUCUUUUCCUGGCUACAUUACAACAAACCCCGAGUAUCCGGCUGUUCGUUACUAGUCGCCCUUAUCCGGAAGAAAUCCGAAAAGCCUUCGGCUCAGCCCCCCAAGUUACUGUUGAGGCCAGCGAUGCAGAUUUGAGGAAGUAUUUGCGGAGGAAGAUAGAGGACAGCGAUAGCGCAGUUAUUAUUGACGAGGGUUUCAAACAACAUCUCGUCGAGACAAUCGCAAAAGGUGCACAAAAGAUGUUCCUGCUACCCACCUUGCAGAUUCAAACCAUUGUCAAUGAGCCCACUACUGGAGAGAUGGAAGACGCACUUGAGGCCAUGCCGCACGACCUGCAUCAGGCUUUCUACCAGACACUCGCAAGAGUACAAAGGCAGCCAGACGGCCGAAAGCGACUGGGCAUGAACAUUUUACUGUGGGUAUCUCACGCCCAGGGUUCGUUGACCGUGACAGAAUUGAGUGAAGCAAUGGCUGUCAAGCCUGGAAAUACCUCCUUGAAUCCAAGACGUCGGCCCUCACAAAAUAUAAUGAUAGAGUGUUGCUUGGGCUUAGUGACGGUUGAUCGGGAGAGCUCCAGUGUCCGUCUGGUACAUUAUGCCUUGCAAGAGUUCUUUCGGGAUCAUCGAGAAGAGAUUUUUCCCUCGGGAGAAGACGAAAUUGCGGAAAUAUGCAUCACAUAUCUUUGUUUCGACGACUUUGUCCGUGGUAGUUGUGAGUCCGAAGCUGCAAUCGAGCGUCUAAUACAAAAUUCUCCCCUCCUCCGCUAUUCUUCGAGCUACUGGGGUCAUCAUGUACGAUUUUCACACUGCGACCGAAUCUACGGACUGGCACUCAGAUUGCUUCAUUCUCAGCCCCGCCGAGCUCUCUCCAUACAAAUCCAACGUUAUUCGCAGGGAUAUCGUGCGGAAUAUUGGGAACCAGACGAAGUGAACAGUCACAAUGCUUUCCACUGGGCUUGUAGCCACGGGCUGCAAACCGCAAUGUGCAUUAUACUAGACUCGGAAGACAUUGAUAUUGAUGCCGCAACCUACAUGGGUACUACCGCACUGAUCCGGGCUGCCUCUUCUGGCCACCUGGACCUAGUAAAAUUACUUAUGAGUCGAGGGGCAGACCCUACGAAGGCGAACUGGUACGGAACAGUGCUUCACUGUGCUGCCGAAGCAGGGCAGUGCGAAAGCAUCAGCUUUCUAUUGGAUAGUGGCAUGAACAUCGACUUGAGAGAUACUUUCGGACGCACUCCCUUGCAUUGCGCGUCAAACCAAAGACAUGUAUUGGCCAUGGAAUUACUCCUGGACAUGGGCGCAGACCCAAACGCACGGGACAAGGCAGGGAAUAUGUUGAUUCACGAUACUGCCCAAACAGGAGAUGAACGACUAAUGCGACGACUGUUGGGAGAUGUACGGGUUGACAUCUCAGCAACGACAGUUAGAGACGCAACGGUCCUCCACUGCGCUGCCCGCGGAGGUCAUGCCAACAUCGUUCGCAUGCUCCUUGAUGUGGGUGCUAGAAUAGAUGCGAGAGGUCAUGGCGGCUGCACUGCGCUACACCUAGCGGCAGGAUGGGGAAGAGAAGACGUCGUACGGUUGCUAGUGGAAGCAGGAGCAAAUGUGAAUGCUAAGACUGACGACAAGGCUACUGCCAGGUACUUCGCCGUCGCUGCCAAUCAUGAAGGUAUUCAGCAGCUACUUCUGGAGCAUGGGGCCGAGAAAGGAGUAUUCCAUUACCUAGACGGUAGUGCUCAGUCAUUAGGAGACGCUGAUGAUUCCUGUCACCAUGAAAAUCUUUCUCUGGUAGAUGUGGGGGGGUUAGUUGUAAGAAAGAUGUGCCCCACCACCUCUUCUUAA